AUGUUUCACUUUACUACUACAAUCAUAUUGGCUAUUCUCUGCCUAGCCAAACCAUCACUUUCGAGACCCAUCCCUAGAAAUGAGAAAGAAGAACUUAUUGAUAUCAAUAUUCAACUUAUACCGGGGCUAGACAUAGGAGUAAAUGUUGGUUGUGGUGAUAAUAUUGUGGAUGUGAACCUCAAUUCCAUACACCUACCCUUGAUUCCUUGUACCAACACCCAGAAAUCGAUUUCAACAACGGGUGUGAUGUUGCCAUUGAUAGGCAGAGAUACAAAAAGCAAGCCCGUGGAAUUGCCAACUUUGCCAAAUUCUACUGGCCGUGUAAAGGCCAUAGAUUCAUCCAUCCGAAGUUUGCCCAGUACCUCAGCGUCAACAUCAAUUAUCAUAUCAGAAUUCAUCGGUCCUAUAACAGCUACAGAUUCUUUAACUCCUAAGUCUUCAAUUGUCAGCAAAUCUACCCCUAUCAAGAUCGACUCAAGACGGCUUCACACACAUCAUCGUACAUUGGCCGCCAACCCCCCACCUACCAUAUUCAUAGAACCUAUUCCUACCUCGACGAAUCUACCCAAGAUAAAACAUACCCAUCACCGGCUAACGAAAACUUCCAAGGCCAUACAGUAUACUUCUGUACAUCCUCAUCCCUUACCAGCUCAGACCCUGAUCAAGAGAUUGGGAACAACGACAGAGUCAUUGACAGUCGACUCGCACACAGCUAAACCAAUAUCCACCUGGAACUCACCUCCACAAACGAGAGUUUCCAUAAUACCACUUAAUUCCGUAUCGAGAGAAAAGACUACCUUGGUAACAAAGGCGUCGGGAAGCUCAUCGAUAAGGAGGGCUACUUGGCAUCCGCCCGCGGAGACUUUAUAUCCUCCUGUGGUUGAGCGUGGAGCACCAGACAAAGGUUGGAAGAGAACAACUAGGUGGCAUCCAUCGGCCGAGAGUUCGUAUCCUCCCGUAGUUGAUCGUGGAUUUCCAAACAAGGACUGGUGA